CACGCCCCGUGCCCAUCAGCAUGAGCAGUUUCGCGCUCAUCAGCGUGUGCAGGAGUGCCACAGCUCAUCGGAUGAGAAUCGCAGCUCGGGCCAUGCCAGCAUGUCGGAUACGGGUGGACAUAGUUCGUCUCCGGCAGGCGGCAUGACACUUGGCCCAUUGCCUGAGGAUCGAUUGGCGGCGGGCGUAACGAAUCGGAGCACUCGUUCGAGAAGGCAUCGCGGCAUUUUGCCUGCCGGCAAAGCGCCCUGGAGCGGGAGCGGACUGGAGGAUAUCAAGCUGGCCAUACAGCAAUUAACCAUGCGCUCCCAGACCAGCAGCAGCACCUACAGCAGCUUAAGUGCUGGCUCGGAGAGCUCAGAGCCGGCCAGGAGACUGGGCCGCUACUCUUCGCUGGAAACGGUCAUCACCAGCACCAGCGCGGAUGAGUUUGUGUGGGUGGACUCGCAUAAUCGGCUGGUGGAGCUGCAGCAUCCGCCAUGGAGCCAGCAGUGUAUCAUGCGUGUGUUGCGUCAUGGCCGUUGCAAGCAACAGGCGCAGAAUGUGUCCAUUGAGGUAAUCUCCCGGCUGGGCUAUCUGCUGCAACGAGCGCUGGUCAGGAUCGCUCGAGAGAUUCAGCGCUUCUCAGCGGGAUUGGGGCUCUGCUCCAAGCAGGAGGUCACAGGCGCAUUCAAGGUGGUGCUAUGCUCCGCACUGGCGGACUCCUGCUCAAAGGCGUGCCUGCGUGCGGCCGCCAUGUUUGCGGUGCCUGGAGAGAGUGCGCUCAAGCAGAGCAAGUCCUCUCGCGCGGCCCUGCAGCUGUCUGUGGGCAGCUUCUUCAGAUGGAUGUCGGAUGCACGUCUCGGUAAGUUCAUACACGAGUAUGCCGCAGUCUAUCUGUGUGCCGGCAUUGAGAAUCUGCUGGAGGAGAUUAUGCUGCAGUGCGGUAGCAUCGGCAGCGUCAGCAGCUCUGCGGCUCUGGACCAAAGCAUUGCCAGCUCUGGCGACUUCUGGGGACUGCUGCAGCCAUUCGCGCACUUGAAUGCCGGACGCAUUGCAUCCGGCUCCUUGGCCUUGCCACGCUGGACAAGUCCCUUCUCGCUGGCCACCUGCGUCGGCAGCAUACGUGAGCUCAAGGAGAAAGCCCAGCGCACGCAGCAAGAGUUCCAGCAUACCGCCACCCUCUCCAAUGCGGCACUAAGCGCGCUCUUCUACUUCAUGCGCUGCUCCCAGCUGGAGCACACUGAACUGGCGGCCCAGAACUCCACCGCGGGACAAGCGCCCGCCAACAGCGGCUCCCAGAACGUUCAGGAGCUGUGCUAUGAGCGUGCCUACGUGGUGUUGCCUCCGCUGGCUGAAUGGUUACGUGUGGCAUCUGCCCACGCUGAGCAUCGGAAUGGUCUGAUGAUUGACAAGGAUGAUAUUUUGCAGGCUGCGCGUUUGUUGCUGCCUGGAGUCGACUGCCCAAUACGCCCGGUGGCCCACGAUGAAGAGCUGCCCACAAAGAAGAUGCACUUCAACAACAACAACAACAAUAAUAAUAAUAAUUGUAGUACCAACAACAAUAGCAGCAACAGCUCCGUUAGCAGCGCCACGGGUACGGCCAGCAGCUGUAGCUCUCCGGCGGUGAAUAGCUUCAUUGGCGAAGAUACCUCUGAGCUGGGCAGACGUGCAAUGCUCGGCGUAGCCUUCAAGCUGCUGCUCACGGGACGAGCGGAGCUGCUGGCGCAGGCAGCACAGCUGCUGCCGCCGACAACGCGCUAUGAUACGCAGAACAGCGGAGGAUUGACAGCACUGAUGAUAGCCAGCAUCAGGAACGAUGAGGUGGCUCUACACGCACUGCUUGACGCAGGCUGUGAUCCGAACGUUGAGGUGCCGGCGACGGGCAUUGCCGGCUUUCCGGCCAUACAGCCGGAUACGCAGCAUUGGACGGCGCUCUGCUUUGCCGCCAGUAGAGCCAACUAUGUGGCAUUGCGUAUUCUGCUUGAGCGCGGCGGCAAGGUGGAGGGUGGAGCUCGCAGUAGUGAGGAGAAAUGCACUAUGACGCCGCUGCAGUUGGCCGCGGGCACAGGCAAUCUGGAGAUGGUGGCUCUGCUGCUGGCGCAUGGCGCUAACGCUUUUCUCUCCACGCAGCAAAAGGAUUCGGUGUGCUUUGCAGGAUCUGCACAGAAGGGUUGCUACUGCGCCAUCUCGGUGGCUGCAGCUCACGGACAUCGCUCUUGCCUGCGCAAGCUGCUGACGCAUCCAGUAACGCCUAACACACGGGAUGUGCUCUCGCUGGAGGAGAUGCUGGCCGAAGGCGAUGUAGGCGUGAAUGCUCGAAGUGCUGUCACUAGCAAGGCAGGCGAGGAUCUGCUGCCGCUGCUCAACAAGACGCAGAUCAAGCGUCUUCAAGAAGCCAUGUACCACAGCGCUGAGAACAAUCAUCUGGAUAUAACCAUUGAGCUGCGCAAGCUGGGCGUGCCUUGGACUCUGCACUGCUGGAUGCAUGCUCUCUCAGCUGCUCACGAGCUGCGCCUGGAUGCGGUCAUAGAUCAGCUGCUGCAGGACUUCCUGCAGGUCUGUCCUGAGGACUACAGCGUUCAGUUUGUAAGCGAGUGCUUGCCAUUGCUUUUUAACAUCUUCCGCAAUAAGAACGAGGGCACCACAUUGCUGUUGGCAGACAUAUUUGCCACCUGCUUUGGAUGGGAGGCACUGCAGCCACUAAAGGAGCCUCAGAUGCAACCGGUUCAAGGCUCCCGCAUCGAUCCAAAGUUUGUCAACAAUCCUGAGCUCAGUGAUGUUACAUUUCGUGUGGAAGGAAAGAUUUUCUAUGGCCAUAAGAUAGUAUUGGUCACGGCAUCGUCGCGUUUUCAGAGCAUGCUUAGCUCCAAGCUAAGUGAGGCCAGUGGCGCCAGCGGCAGCACGCCCACAGUGCAGAUCAACGAUAUACGUUAUCACAUCUUCCAGCUAGUAAUGCAGUUUCUCUACAGCGGCGGCUGCAAUGCCCUUGACGUUUCUCAUGCCGAUGUGCUGGAGCUCAUGGCGGCCGCCAGCUUCUUUCAGCUGGAUGCCUUGCUGCGCUACACGGAGGCACGCUGCUCCGAAAUGGUGGACAUUGACAAUGUGGUGGCCAUGUAUAUACAUGCCAAGGUGUACAACGCCAACAAUCUGCUGGAGUACUGCCAAUGCUUUCUGCUGCAGAACAUGGUGGCACUGUUGACCUACGACGAUUCUGUGAAGCGUCUGCUAUUCGCCAAGAAGAUACCAAAUCACGAUGUGCUGGCUGGUCUGCUGCACACGCUCCAACAGCGACUCAAGGCGCGCAAACCGAGCUCUGUUGCGGGAAACUUGGUCAACUCGUUUCGCUCAUCCACGAACCUCACGCCGGUGAAGAAAAAGUGAGGCGGACCCCAGUGGACCCAUCUGAUGCUUCCAUUAAUUUAUUGCAUUGUUUUAAACAAAUCUCUA